AUGAGUGGCAUCAUUCGCGAAGUUCACCCGCUUCUCACGCUGAACACCCCCGCUGGAGCCAGUGAGGAUGGGGGCGGGGAGCAACCACCGCAACCUCACACUCACAACGGCGUCGCAAUCGCGCUGCAUGCCCACGUUGUGCACACUCAACACAGACAAAACGAGGUGUUGGCAAAUCAGGUGCCAGAUUUGAGCCACUCUCCAGAAGCGACAUCCAUUACCGCACCCACGCUACAAGUAUCAUCAAACGACAACAUGGCAGAGAGUGCGACUGCUAUCAACGUGCUCGAGGCGCGGAGUGCGAACCACCUGAGGCGCCCUGUGAAUGGCGAUGUCGCAAUGAAAGUCUUCAGCAUUACCGAACUCCUGGAACACAUUCUGCUCUGUGCCAUCGCUGAGCAAAUGCCAGAGCGCCUGCGCUACGAUAAUUCCAUGCUCAAGCUAAGUCCAAUGCCUGGCUCUGCUCGAAGAAAUUCGCGGGGUGGAGUCUGUCUCUUCAGUCUACAGAGCGUGAACAAGGUCUUUCGUGCUACAAUCAAAGAGUCGACGAAACUCAAGCGCCUUAUCUUUCUGGCGCCAUACGGCAAUCCGGUUCUAAGAACAUCCGAUGCUGCUCGCCAAGACUUGGUACCAUACCACACGCCACUGUUCUCGAUCUUGGAUAAGCUGGACAACAAUACAGACAAUUGCCUUCUUCACUGGAACUACAACAGUAGCCGCAUGGUUCAGACAGACCCCGAAUCUGGAGUUACCACUGUCACAAUCAAACUAAUGGAGGAUGUGCCCGACGAGAAGAAAAUGUACUCGAGGGCCAUGUCCAUGAUGCCGAAAGGCUGGUGGAACGCUGAAGCAAGCUGGAAAAAGAUCAAAGUAUGCAACUCCAGAGAUAUGGUGCCCCUGACGCUUAAGAUUAUGGAACAGGACGAAGGUCUCCCGUUGUCACUCUUUUCCAGGUUUGGCCGUCUAGACAUCUCUUGGAAGCUCAAAGGGGACGAGACUCUAGGCUAUGUGUUCGAAAUGCUCAGCAGGUUACUCCGCCUCGUCGCCGAUCGGCGAGCGGUGGCCAGAGAGAUCGAACGCAAAUGGGAGCAGCUUCAAGCAGAUGUAGAAGGCGAGUGGUACGACGCAUAUGGAGAAUCAGACGAGGAGGGUGGAGAGUCUUUUUGGCAGCACCGAGAAAGCUUCUGGGGCUUACGUGACGUUGACGUUGGAACUCAGCUGAAGAAACUCGAGCCUGUCCUUGAACAGUGGAAGCUCGCUGUCGAAAAGAGACAGGAAGCGAACAAGGAAUUGCAAAAGGACAGAAAAGAGUCGUAG